AUGAAACAACAAGCUCCAAAAAGGGCAAAGCCAAAAAGGGCAAAGCCGGAACUAGCAGCUGACACCAAAGACAUUGCAGAACUCUCACAGGAAUCAUUGGCCGCACAGAUCAAUAAGAAGAGCAAGGGGGGUGCUGCGAGAAAGAUUGUGACGCUAUUGGAAGAGACGGAAGCUGGAACAAGCGAUUGGGGCGCUGCGGGAAUUCGACCAGAUGCGAGGACCUACCGAGUGGCAAUUCGUUCCUUGCUAAAACUAAACCGCACUGAGCUUGCAAUUCAUGUAUAUCGAAUGCGAAUGGAGGCCCGACUGAAGCGAACAGAUGCCAUUGCGUCAGAUCUACCGCUUGCAGCGAAUAUAAUACGUGCAAUUCUUCGCGAUGUCAAGAAUAGAAAAACACAGGCGAGGGAUCGGGAUGACGUCUUCUCGGAAAUGAAAGCUGAUUGUGCGGCAUUCAUGGACACUUUAUCAGUCGAUAAUAAUCAGUCCGAUCCCGGCAUUGCGAAGCACGUUGGCGCCUUGCUGCAGGUCAUGAACGCCUUCUUGACGGCUUCUGAUACUGCACGUGCUAUAGAAGCCCUUCAAACGAUUCAAACACUCCCCAUACAAGAUGACGCGGCGGCUUUGCCAAUUAAGGAGUACAACAACUGCAUAAGAGUUCUUGGCAAGAGCAGGUCAAUGCCGGGGGUGUUCGCAAUUCUGGAUUUGAUGAAGGCCAGCAAGGUCGAGGCGAACAAUGAGACGUAUGAGUUUCUCGCGAAUGCCGCCGUUCGUCAAGUUGAUUUCGUCACCGGGGCCGUUUCUAUGGAUACCCUUCCACCUCCAAUUACCACUGAAGUUGCUUUUGUGGGGAGGUCAAACGUAGGAAAGAGCUCCCUUGUUAACAUGCUUUGCAACCGCAAAGCCUUGGCGUACGUUAGUGGAACCCCAGGCAAGACGCAGCAGUUCAACUAUUUUCACGUCAACGCAAAGGAUCAAGAAUCACAAUUUUACAUGGUGGACUUGCCCGGUGUCGGAUACGCCAGGGUCCCGAGGCCGGUUCAAGAAGCGUGGAUCAGAUUUAUGGAACAAUACCUUCAAUACCGAACAAGUCUUAGGCUGAUAUUUCAUUUGAUUGAUGGUAGACAUGGUGCAAUGACGGAUGAUGAGCAACUGAUGCGCCUCAUCGCCGCGUCGGGUAGGCAAAAGGGCGAGUAUGUUGUUGUCUUCACAAAAAUGGAUAAAAUGGACAAGCAAAAACUGAAGCAAGCUGUCAUUAAUGAAACAAGAUCUGCCCUUUCUCGGAAUGGAUGUCGUUCGGAUACUCCUAUUGUGAUAUCGUCGUCUUCCACGCGCCUCGGGAGGGAUGAGAUGUGGCGACAUCUACAGUCUGUUCUAGUGUCUAAUCCGCUACAAUUUGGACUAAAAAGCCUUUAG